GCAAGACACCUUUUUUUAGAGAUGCUCCCGGCGUCGGCUAUAGCGGCCUUAAAAAUCAUUAUUUUUAAACAAAAAAAUGUUAUCUUUGAAAGACGAAUUCUUUUUGGUUGCACUGCUCUCGUUGGACUCUCAGUAUGCAUAUGGUCAGUGGCUAUAGGAGCUGAUCAUUGGUUCAUACUAAAAUCGCCAAAUAAUCAAGGUUUACCAUUGGGAGGUAAUAAAAUUGGUAGAAAAUUGAUCUACAAACAUGUAGGCCUCUGGAGAAAUUGUAUUGAUGGAUUGGAACCUAAAUCGGAAAAUUCCACGAAUCUAGUACAUUAUAGUAAGUGUGACUUAUUUUAG